AUGCCUCCCAUCCCGCUCAAGUUCUCCAGCCGGGUCUCCCAUCAUAAUCCCCCAAUCGGCUAUACUGGCGGCAAGAAGCCCAUGUACUACUCUAUCGCUGAGCCUAAACCGCAUACAUCGUCCGAGGACGCUCCUGCUCAACUCGAUCCUCCUUCCCCUCCUCCCAUGUCCACUAUCCCCGCCGCACCCCUACCAGGCGCAUCAUCCGGCUCUUCCUCUUCAUCAUCCGGCCCCUCCGCCUCGGCGCGGCGCAAGGGAGUCGCCCACCGCUCCCCUGCCGCCAAUGACAAUUCUGGGCGAUUCGUCACCCUCACUCCCCUCGUCUCGGCCAUCAUCGAGCGGUGCGUACUCGCCUCGAACCCCGCUACCACCGUGACCAUCUCCCCUCGGAAGGCUACCAGCUCCAAAUCCCAGUCAGCCCCCCCACAAUCCCACAUUCACCCCUACUCCCGCCGCACCGACCUCGGUAACGACCGCUCUCCCAAUCCAUCCCCCCGCGAGCUCCUCCGUGCCCAGCGCACCAGCCACGAGAAGGCGCAGGUCAAGAAGGACUCGAUCGCGGUGGCCCGUGCGGCCAUAGCCGCCAAGCGGAAAAACAAGCGUCCGGGUCCAAAGGCGUACAAGAAGGACGCGGCCGGUCGGAGUCCCAGCCCUUCCAAUGAGGUUCGUGGCCUGCUCGGGCUCGGCGGAAGUGGGCUCAGCAGGGAGGUACUCCCCACGAUCGUCCAUCAGCCGGCGUCGGCCGAGUCCAGCCCCCUUAUCACACCCGCGGCGCGCUCGCUGAAGCGGACUCGGUCCGCCGGGAUCUCGGCCGUCGGUACCACGCUCGCCAACGCGCUCGGGACGGGCAAUCUGGGAGUCGGAUCGCCACUCAAGGCAGUCACGGGUCCUAAUGACGACGCGGCCGAUAUCGAGGACGGGGCUGACCGCCGAGUCAAGCGGUCCAGGACACACGAGCCACCCGUUGACAAGGCGGGUCCGUCCAAGGCUGGAGGUCGGAAGAAGUCUACUUCGCCCAAUAACAAUAAGAACAAGCCACUCCCGGACGCCAAGCCCCAUCCCCUUGCUACCAGUCGUCUUGCCCCCGGAGUCGCUCCCACUCGGCAGAGCAACAGAGCAUCCAGUGUCGCUCUUGCUACCGCCUCGGCAGGGCUAGAGCCUUCUAGUACGGGCGCUACAAGUAUGCGCAGGGUGGUAUCAGCGGCGGGCGAGCCAGCUGGGAAUAGGAGGGAUAGUACGGGGAGCCAGGGAAGCGAGGGCGGUGUCACGAUGAGAAGUAGACGCGAGGUCAACCUUCCUAGGGCGCUGAGGGACUACGAGACACGGACGAGCACAAUGGUAUGA